AACAACUAUAAAAAAAAAAAAACAUUCUUUCAACUUAUUAAACACAGCAUAUAAUAUCGUGUUUGCUGGAAAACAAAACCUUAGCCAUCAUUCAAGCCCCCAAAGUCUAAGACUUCGAUUGGACAUACCGUAAAUAACCCAAUAACUAUAACUAUCUAACUAUAGAUUCGACCUUCCCAUGUUCACGCAAUCGAAAUCCCAGUCGUUUUCCCUCACGCUCCCCAGCCAGGCCACCGCGCAGGCGCCGAAGCGCAACAAGCCGCUCACCCCGGCGGAGAAAUACGAGCAGGCGAUUGUUACCGCGAGGGUGUUUAUCGAAAACAGCCGGGCGAGGGUGGAGCGGCAAAUGGAGAAGUACAACGCGGUGGCGAACAGUAGCUAUUGGUUUUACGGCUACUUUGGAGGAAAUAUGAUGGCGACAAUGGCGAUCUGCCUCAGCCUCAGUAACCGGAUCCCGUUUUUUCGCUCUUAUAGUGGAUGGAUCGCGAUGGCAGGGGGUUACUUCGGGGGGAAGCUUUGUAUGGCCACGCACACGUCUUACUUAUUGUCCGGUGUGAUUAAGCAGCUGAACUACGAAAUUAAAGAGUCUCAGUUGAUGGACGAGCGAACAGAGCAUUUAGUACCGGAUUAUCUCGAGGAAUCGAAUCGUUUGACUAAGAUGAAGUACGAGUUGAUGCCAACCCUUCCCGAGGCUAUCGCGGCUCAAGCAGAUCACCGCGAUCAAACCCUUGAUGAAAGAGCAGACUUACUCGUGAGUGCGUAUAUGAAGAGGAAGGAGGCAUUGGGCAAAAAGUAGUAGUCUGAAUAACGACGCUAAUUCAUGCUUAAAACCAGUUUAUUUAUUGAGGAGAGGGAUGAAGGCUUCCUUUCGUGUGGUGCGCCUGUGAUGCGCUCCUAAGGAAUAAAAAAUGCUGCGAACUCAACCUGCAGAAAAAGGAAUCCCCUAUAGAAGAAUAAUAAAACAAACUCAAACGAAGCGUUUUAAUCUAUACGCUUUUCCUAUGAAUACCCGGGGGUAUCAAUGAGGCUAGGGCAGCCUCCUACGUUUCAACCCAUGGCUCCAGAAUUUUCUCAAAAACUCGUUUAUUUACGUCAAUAAU